UGCGUUGGGAAGGUAGGUUGAUUGAAUUGGAAGGAGCUUUUUCGAUUCAUGUAUUUGUUUCAAAGUUUCAACGCACGUUGAUACUUCCACUUUCUCUACCACAAAGAAAAUAUAGAAAACCAAAAGAAAAACAAAAAAUAUACCGAAUCCCUGUCAUCAUCAUCGCAUUUUCCUUCCCCGACUCCAAUUAUUUUCUCUUCCUUUUCUUUUCUUCUCGAUCCCGAUCUCUCCCUCCAAAUCACACUUUCUCGAAUAUUCUCUUAACCUCUUUUUUCUGCUUCAAAUUCAAUUACUCCGAUAUGAGCUCCGGGGACCUCCUCAGCAUCGAACCUCUCGAACUCAAGUUCCCCUUUGAGCUGAAGAAGCAGAUCUCGUGUUCUCUUCAAUUGUCUAAUAAGACUGAUAGCUAUGUAGCUUUCAAGGUGAAAACGACCAAUCCUAAGAAGUAUUGUGUGCGUCCAAACACUGGAAUUGUCUUGCCAAGAUCUACCUGCGAUGUUAUGGUUACUAUGCAAGCGCAAAAAGAAGCUCCAUCUGAUAUGCAAUGCAAGGAUAAGUUUCUUCUUCAGAGUGUAAAAACUGAUGAUGGUGUCAGUCCGAAGGAUAUCUCUGCAGAAAUGUUCAACAAGGAGGCCGGGCAUGUUGUUGAGGAGUGCAAAUUGAGAGUGCUGUAUGUCUCUCCGCCUCAACCACCAUCUCCAGUCCCAGAAGGUUCGGAGGAAGGGUCGUCACCUAGAGGUUCUGUUUCGGAAAAUGGAAAUGUCAAUGGUGCUGACUUCGCACAAGUAACAAGAGGAUUUGCUGAACGGCCCGAGGCUCAAGACAAAUCGGCAGAGGCAAGAGCUCUAAUCGCAAGGCUGACAGAAGAAAAGAAUACUGCAAUUCAACAAACUAGCAAGCUCCGCCAGGAAUUAGAGCUGCUGAAGCGUGAAAGCAACAAAAAUCGUGGUGGAGUUUCAUUUGUCUUUGUCAUAUUAAUUGGCUUACUUGGCAUAAUCAUGGGAUAUCUCAUGAAGAAGGCCUAAGAAUUUGCUCGAUUUGAUUUCACCAUAGAUUUUUACUUUGUUCCUGACUAUUCAAGCAGUUGUGACAAAAGUUAAAGUAGAUCAAUUCAUCAGGUGUUGGUUUUUCUUUUUAUAUUUCCUUGUAUUUUGGGGUGGAUAACAUUUUGGAAGUAGAAAACUUUAGGUAAGUUGUGGGUCUGUUGUUACUCUUAAUGUGAACUCAUUCAUGCUUUGGGUGACAUGCAUUCUUUUUGUAAUUUAAGAGGGAAAGUUUGUCAUUUCUUUUGCGGUUCAUUUAGUGACUAUCUGGUAAUACCAAGUUGUCAACAUGACCAAAAAUAACAUAAAUCUUCAGGGGCUCUCUCUUUCUCUCUGGCUGUUUCUUUCUGUAACUAUUGUCUUUGAUUGUGGCAAGUAUUGCUUCCUUUCA